AUGGAGGAAACCGCUGGCUACAGACAGCAGCAACGGCUGCGAAUACGGUGUGCCAGACCAUAUACAAACUCGGGAGAAAAUCUGCUUCCUCCUUCUCUCUCUCCAUUCUCACCCCUGGCUAAUCAGUCUCAGGAACUUACUGGAUGGUGGUCAGAUAAACAGCCAUUUUGCAUUCUCCUUCAAGACAGUUGUAUCACUAAAACCACAGUGAUUAAGAAAGAAUGCACACGCGGCUUGUCUAUUAACUUCCACAUUUUUAACCUGCAGGCACUGGAGCAUGUCAAUGCCCGGCUUUGUGAACUGUACCCUGAUGAUGAAGAACGAUUUGAUAUUGUUCUGAUGACUAAUAACCAUGCCCAAGUGGGAGUGAGACUCAUAAACAGCAUCAAUCACUACGGUUUAACAAUUGAACGUUUCUGCAUGACGGGAGGUAAAAGCCCAGUUGGUUAUCUGACUGCAUAUCUUACCAACUUAUAUCUGUCUGCAGACUCUGAAAAAGUCCAAGAAGCUAUAGAAGCAGGCAUUGCAUCAGCUACCAUGUUCACUGCAAACAAAGAUGUUUCUUACUCGGAUACAGAGCUGAGAGUGGCAUUUGAUGGGGAUGCAGUUCUCUUUUCUGAUGAAUCAGAACAAAUUGUCAAAGAGCAAGGAUUAGACAGAUUUUUUGAACACGAACAGCUGAAUGAGAAUAAGCCUCUUGCACAGGGUCCUUUGAAAGGUUUUCUGGAAGACCUAGGGAAACUCCAGAAGAAGUUUUAUGCAAAAAAUGAACGAUUAAAUUGUCCUAUAAGGACCUUCUUGGUUACAGCCAGAAGUGCAGCAAGUUCUGGAGCCAGAGUACUGAAGACUCUUCGUAGCUGGGGUCUGGAGAUUGAUGAAGCACUUUUUCUAGCAGGAGCUCCUAAAGGACCAAUCUUGGUGAAAAUUCGUCCUCACAUUUUCUUUGAUGACCAGAUGUUUCACAUCGAAGGAGCACAGAAAUUAGGUACCAUAGCUGCACAUGUUCCCUAUGGCAUUGCUCAGAAAUAUCACAAAUCCACAUAAUUGGAUGGCACCAUUAAAGAUGAUUCUUAACUCAGCCAGCCUCUAAUAUACCAAUAGUCGUGUCUGAAAAUUUCUAUAUUUGUAUAUUGUAAGCACUAUGUUUUAAGAUUUGACUUCUGGCUAGAACAACCUUUAAAGGAAAUAUUUUUAAUAUGAGUAAGUUUUUAAUAGAAUUAUUUUAAUAUUAUUCUUAAGCAGUUUAGUUUUUAUUUUUACCUAUCUGGAUCUAACACUGUGUUUUCAAUAUUAGGAAAAAAUCUGUACUGUUUUUAUCGUUUAAACCAUACUUUGAGAAAGACAGAACUGUUGUAGUUUCUCUAAAAAAUUGUUAACAGGUUAUUUACAACAAAAAUCAUGCUGCAUAGGUAGCUCUUGCAAGUUUUUUCUGAAAUGAGAACAAGCGCAGUUUACCUAUACGUAUUUACCUGUUAGUGGUUUGCUUAUUAAAUAUGUGUUCAGUAGGUUUGGUAUCAUGAGGUUUUCAACUUCUGUGGGCAACUGUCUCUCCAGUGAAAUGUUUGCUUCUUUGGUCUUGUGUUUACAGGAACCCUUUAUUUUUCUACACUAUUUUCCUAUUUUAAUAAAGCUGGCUUUACAGAA